CCCAGCUAGUUGCAUUUAGUUCACAGGGCUUAGGCUACGACUUGCAAGAGUUUAGGGGGCAACGAACAGAGUGGCCCUGGGGUGCCCUCCACCAACAGCCGCCCCGGCGCCUAGGACCUCCGGGCAGGGAUGCAGCUGGGGGUCUAGGGAAGCACUUCCACCCCUCCUCUCCUCAGCCCUGGCAGGGUGGUUUCCCAGCCUCCUCAAGACAUUCAUGGAUGGAUGAGAGGAGCUGACACUGACCUCCCACUCUGUGACCACUUUCUCUUUGGCCAUGGAGGAAGCUUUGCUGCCCCUGGCUGUGAUGUCUGACUCCAGGCCCUUUAAUCAACAACUCCCAGAGCCUCCAGAACCGAGUUGUGUUUUGGAACCCCAGGAAAAUCCUGAACUGGCACCUGCCUUGGUGUGUGCCCUUUGCUGCUGUUUUGGAAUCAUCUACUGCUGCUUCGGCUACCGCUGCUUCAAGGCAGUGAUGUUUCUCUCGGGCCUGCUGUCAGGAGCUCUGGUGAUCUUCCUGCUGUGCCACAAGGAGCGAGUGCUGGAGACACAGCUGAGCCUGGAGGUGAGCGCGGGUAUCGCGCUGGGCAUUGGACUCCUCUGCGGUCUGGUCACCAUGCUGGUUCGCAGUGUUGGACUCUUCCUGACUGGGCUCCUGCUAGGCCUCACCCUGGGUGCUGGGGCCCUGCUGGGCACUGAGCCCAUCUACCAACCACCUUCAGCCUGGGUGCCAGGCGGGGGGCUGGUGGGGCUGGCACUGCUGGGAGCCCUGCUUACACUUCGGUGGCCACGUCUGUUCACAACUCUGGGCACAGCCCUGCUGGGUGCUGCGGUGCUGGUGGCCUGUGCUGACUACUUCCUGGAGGGGCUAGCCCUGGGCAGUCGGUUGGGCCAACGCCUGCAGGCACUUCCAGCCUUGCCUCCUCUCUGCUGGUAUAGCUGGGUCUUGCUGGGGACCUGGCCAGCCUUGGGGGCCCUUGGGGCCCUGGCCCAGUGGAAGCUCAUGGCUGAGGAACAUGGAGGCCACGACAACGCAGUGGUCUUGAGCCACCAGCGGAGGCAUCUCCAACUCCUUCGGAUCCGUCAACAAGAGGCCAAGUGGCACCGGACACCCUCUGGGGUGGGGCUUUGUGAGAGCAGCUAUCGGCGCCAGUCCCCCCUCAAUGCCCGGAGCCCUGCUGACAGUCUGGCUCCAAGUUAUCUUCAGAGUCUUCGAGAGCGCCAAUUGGGACCAGGCCCCCAGGCCACAACCCCUCACACCAUCCUGGACCUGGAUUCUGACUGUGGUUCCACUGUACCCCUCACCACACCUUCUGGUUCUACCCAGACCUGAGCCUAAAUCUCCACUUUUGCCACCACCCAUAGUGAGUGCCUGGGAACACUAGGUGGCCAGGGCUUGAGCCCACAAGACCCCCACACAAACUUUCCCACCUCCUGGACUUGGGAGUAGGAUCUGUGCUCCAACCCAGACCAGCCCUGUAGGGAUAUGUUUCAAGGACAGAUAGAGAGAAGUUUUGUGGGGAAGAGGGAGGAAGGAAAAUAUGAGUACCUACCUCUGUCCAAUAAUAGAGGUGUACUAGUCCCCAGAGAAAAUGACUCCCUAAUUCCCAUUCCCUCCAAACCAACGAGGGCCCAUACCCAUACCCAAAUAGCCUUUUUCUUUUCUUUUCUUUCUUUUUAUUUUCUUGAGACAGUCUUACUCUGUCACCCAGACUAGAGUGUAGUG